CUUCAGAUGGCUGCAAGACAAUCCUGAUUUACAGAAGAACGAACAUUGAAAACUGCUAUUUCGACCGCUAUCAAUAAUCAGAUUCACCGAUUGGUACGGUAGCUACGGAAAGUGACUCUGAUCUCCAAGGUAUAUAACUAAACUUACAACUCGAAGGCCUUGGCCCUUCGUUGGAAUGCUGUCUACCAGGAAAGCAGCAGCUGUUUGGCUUUUCCUUGCAUUUGAACUGGUCCUAACUAAACAAACACCUCUGUCGAGUCAUGCGCCUUCAUCCUUUUACACGAGGAUCGAAAAUGAUCUUGGACAAUGGGAUCUUGGAGAAGUACCUGCGGUGAACGCGACAGGACAUCUGGUGUUCGAAACGGCCAAUUCCCUGCUUCAACACUGGCCAAACACGCGUUAUCGUAUUGGUCAUACAAUAGUCCCAGGGACUAUUCCCGUAGGAACUCUCCUCUACCAUGGAGCCCUCACCGGUCCCCAUUUACCGACCGCUCUGGAAUGGGUGUCUGUAGAGCCAGACCACUCCAUGAUUUUCUGCCAAGGGCCAAUCGAAACAGGGUGCUGGCACCUCACUCUUAAAGUCACUCAGCCGAUGAAAGUGCUCUAUUUUGACGGAAGCAGCGCUGUGAACAUCCCUGGGGGCACGAUGGACACCCAAGAUCUCGUGGCGUGGUCGAAGAUGAAACCCGACUGGGUGGGCAAUGAAAGCAAGCGCAUUAUGGAUCUGUGUACAUGGGGCCAGAAAUAUGGGGUGAAUGGCUUUGUGAGUGAGGUUAUGAUCUGCGACUUCACUUCUCACAUGGAGGUCGUUUCGUUCUUAAAUCUCGAGAGCACUCGCAUCAUGCAUCAUAUGUUUGAAAUAAUGCAUUCUGCUUCACGGCGCGAAAUGUAUCCAGGAGAAACCCGGAUUUUGCUUGAUUUUUCUGGGCUAGUCUCUUUCUACGACACCGCCCUUGUUCCCUCCUUGGUGCCGCGCCGUGUAGGCUUGGAGCGAUGGGAUCAUCGAGUGCAAGGAAUAUCAUCGGAGGAUAUAGAACGCGUCCAAGACAGGUUAGCUCAAGCAUUGGCACAACCACCCGUGACAACCAGCGGCAUUGACUGGAAGACCGUCUUGCGGGUGGUGGUUGAUAGAUAUGCCAGUCGCCUGGAGAUGAUGCAGUACCUUGUGAACAUGACGCUGGACGAUAGGUCGAUGUUUGGCCACGCACAACAAGUCCAGAGACGACUGCGCACCGUGCUUUUGCCCUACACUGUGUUUGCAGCUCUACCUCCUAAUACCUCUGUGACUGCCAACGCGACAAAUUCAUGGGCUGCACCAGUUUUUCGGGAAUGUGCUACAUCGCACACGGCCCCCAUUGUAGCUCAUGGGGCGACAUUGAUGCCCUCUGAACGUUUGCUCCUGCAGGCGGUACGGGAAACUACGCGUGAAAUAUGCCGUGUCGUCACGAAGAUGUGGGCAUCUGGGAUGAUGACUGGAGUCGACCCCUUGUAUCCUCCGGAACAACGCCCAGAAGCUGAUCGCAUACGUACUCUCAUGGGCGAAUGGAAGGAGGAUGUGACACACGCGUGGGUGAAAUGCCGACCUGCCUGUGGUUUCGAGGAGAUGUGCUACUUGCCUGCUUGGCCCAUUGGGUUUUUCCCGACUCCCGGCAGUGAGCCAUCAUUUCAAGCCCAGAGGGACGGUGCUUCCUUAUGGCCGGACCCAAACAAAGGUGAAUGGAAGAGACCACAGCCCAAGUGUAUCAGACGACUGGAGCCAUAUGGUUUUUAGGAUAC